AUGACCGACGAUAGUGAUUUUAUGGCAGAAGAUGAUCCGCAUCUCGAUAAUCAAGAUAUUGCUGAAGGUAAUUGCAAUGAGCUACAAGUCUUGGAGCAACCACAAUCUCCCUUAAGUGAUUGGGUCUACUGGCAACGUGAUGCUGUGGCUCUUCCAGACUGCUGGACAAAAGUCUUUGCCGUGUUCUGUGACAAUGUGCUGUGGCUCUACCGCUAUGAAGAUGCUUCCGCUAGGAGCCUACUGGUGCGGAUGUGCGUCGCGGCAUUGGACGUUGGGAAGGAUGCCCGUCAGCUUCAGUUCCGAGACGCUGAAACGACUUUUCAUGUGCAGCUCUGCUUAUUGAACGCCCCGGCUUUCUAUCGCUGGCAUCGUCAGGUGACCAGAGCAGUGGUUGAUUUUCCUGUUGUGAAAGAUGAGGUGAAUAAUGCUAUCGUGUCUACGAUAACGUCGGCUAUACAGAAGCAAAGCAUUUGGAGGGGAAUGGCCACAGUGGUGCUAAAGGGGAACAAGUUCCAUGACGCUACUCAGGAAGAGAAAACGAUCGUGCUGCACAAUCGACAGAGUAGAAAAAGUUUAGGGCGGCGCUGGAAGAAUGUGACAACAGCACUCCUAAAAUCUUUGAAGCUCAACUAA